AUGAGUAAGGAGAGGGUUUCUCAGACGGAAGCGUGCUGCCCCGGUGUCUGCCCUCCUGAACACCACCACCAGCUUUCCACACCGAUAGUAAGCCGGUUCAGUCAAAAGCAUGUGGCUAACGUUUGCGAAGGCUGUUUGAAGAAUUACUGUCCCCUAGUAGGUACCCUCAUUCUCGUUGCCAACUGUUCUAGUCAGUAUGCAUACUUCUGUCGUCGACUUUGGCGUUCACUACCAUCUCGAUUGACCAAUCCCGUCUGCGGUCGAUUCUGA